AGAGCUAAGGAUAUGAAUUACUGCAGUCACGAAAGCUUUAAAUCAAAGGUUAUUUACGUAUUAUUUAUUAGUUAAAUAUUACAGAUCAAUGUUGCCAAGCCAAUAUUCAAUUCACCAUACCUCACGGCAUAGCGAAUGUCGUGUCCAGUGACCGAAAAUCAAGGAACUAUUUCAUUCAGCCUCGUCGUCAACCACCUUUUGACAGCUGAUGGAAGAGAAGAGACAACUAUAUCGGUACUUCUUACGCAACACGUCUGCUUAACACAACAUGUUUUUGCGACUCGUAACAGCUUGCUCGCAAGAUUGCUUUCUUUGCAGGUUUCUCAGCGUGGGGAUGCUCAUGAUUAUUCUUUUUUUUUAAUUCGCUGUCAAUUGUUACUGUUUAACAUGUCCAACCUAUUCCCUUUGCCCAUCUAAUAUCCAAUUCGUAAUAACUCAUCUAAAAUGCCCUGACUCGUAUGUUCUGUCUCUGCUGUUUGUCUCAUUUGCAUUAACUAAUUUUAUAUAUCGUGUAUCUUGCACGUGCAUAUCUUCCUUAUUUGUACUGUGUCAUAUGGCUUGAUACACAAUUUUAGUUUUUUUUAUUUGUCACGUCUCGAUUUUAUGGUCUGUUUAUUUUAACGUUUUUUUAGAAGUAGAAACUAGUCGAUCCAACCAAACGAGUUAUUGGGUAUAAAGUGGACUGACCCUCUGGGACAGGGGAGCCUAAACGUUCGGAGAAAUUACUGUAUUAAUCUUCUGUUAGUGGCUGUCUGGUGUACCAUCUCCAGAAGGGGUACGAACAGGAAUUGUAAAGUAAAGUUAGGGAUUAUUCGCAGUAGAUUAUGUGUUGGUCAUGGAAUGGGGACAGGUGAUAGGGCUGGGAGGUGUACACAUCAAACACACUGGUUGGGAACGACUGGUAUAGCAGAAUUAUGUAAUUAACCAGUUAUGGGUUAUAUGUUUUACUAAAUGUACUACAUAAUUCUUAGGCAUUCUGAUGGUAAACUUUAGUCAUAAUUCCAAUUCAUUGCACGGGGGCUUUUUUUCUUCCCAAUUCGAUUCAAUUCGUGUAUUCAAUUAGACAGGCGGGGUGGCACAAGUGUUACGACUGAACACAGAACGACUCAGCUGUGAGGCAUAAGGUGUUACCACUGUGCCUCACAGCUGAGUCGUUCUGUGUUCGGUUUCUGACUCUGGUGCCUUUCUGCGGGGGGUUUGUGUGUUCCCCUCCGCUGUUGGAUGGGUUUCCUGUGAGUUCUCCGCUUUUCUUCUUUCCCAAUUCUUUUUUUAAUGUUACUGGUUUGGCCGAACAUUCAAAUGUUGAAAACGUAUCUGCAAAUUACUCAAAUGGGAUCACACAGAGCAGCUACAUUGCUCCCUACUGUGAAACUUAGAGAGGCCCUUUUUAAAAUGUAUUUUGAGAGUCAGUAUGGAUAUUCUGGGUACACCAAGGGAAUACAAAUAUAGGAAAUCCUUCCCAACGAGGAUUUAUAGAACUCGUUUUUCAGCCCAACAUGCGUUAAAUAAUGAGCUCUCUUUUGAGGAACACGAGGGUUAUGUUUCGGCUAAACAUUGUUCAGCGCUGCUUAAGAUUAUCAUCUUUGCAACUAAAAGUAUUUCAGUGAGAGUGUUGCUCGUGUUGGAAUAAAUUAAUCUCGAUUAAAAUCGCUCGUUAUUGCGAAUUAUCAGAGAUAGAAUGCUCAUUAAGUGAGAUACGCCUGUAUAGAUGUACAAAUUGCGCAAGAACAUACAUUCCUGCCAAUUUAUUUUACACCAAAUGCAAGCCUGGGGCAAAACAACAACAACAGCAAGAGUCCCGGACUACACCAUGACAAGAAUAACAACAGUCCCAAACAAGAGAACACCAGUCCCAAACCACUCCAAGACAACACCAACAAUCCCACACCAAGACAACAACAAUAACAGUCCCAGACCAUUACCGGAUAUGUACAACAACAGUUCCAGACCACACCAAGAUAAUAACGUACCUCAAUUACAUUUUAGUUUGACAUUAAAAUAAUGCUACACGGUGAGUAAGGAUCAAUGUUACAAAACACAUUUCCAAAUGUGGCUGAUGCAUCUGGCACUACUAACCUUCUGCUUCAGAAUAUUUUUAAGGGAAGGUGAACGAUGUUUGGCGAGGAAACAAGGUUGUUCCAUAACGUUGGAAGAACCUUGUUUGAUACAUAAUACAGCACUCACUGAUUCACUACACCUCGUCAUCAUAAAAAAGAGAGGUUCACGUUUGAAAAAUGUAUAUGUAUGAUAGAUUCAAUAUUAAUAAUGUAUGAGUAAUAUGCUUAAAUAUAUUUACAUAAACUAAUCUGACGUGAGUGACGCGAAGCGAUCUAUAAUUUCUGGCUGGGUCACGUGGCCCAUGCAACAGUAGUAUAAAUGACAGUGUUCUGGGGAUAGAAGAUCAUGCUCUGGGAAGAGAACCUAAAGGAAGAAAGGAGAAAAUGCCUUAUCCAUUGGCCAUACACACCUGUGGAGGACAAGGAGGAACAGACUUCAACUUUGAUGGGAGGAACAAUGGAGCAACGCUGGAAAAAAUGUGGGUGUGGGUUGGAGGGUGGCAGAUCAAGUGCGUGAAGGCCUGGCUGACGGAUGGAAGGUCUGCACAGUACGGCAAUCCAUCGGGAUCUCAGAAAGAGUUUGUGUUCCAGCCUGGGGAGCUCUUUUCGUCCCUCUCGCUAUGGGGGAAUGGGGCUGGCACACGCAUGGGCGCCUUCAAGUUCAGGACAACCAAAGGCAGGGAUUUCUUCGUGAAGAUGACAGACUGGGGUCUAAAGACCGAGUAUCCAGUCGACAUCGGCUCUGGGAUCUGCCUUGGAAUUCAGGGAAAAGCCAGUUCAGACAUCGACUGCAUGGGCUUCGUGUUCAUCAAUUCGGUGAAACGUUCAGAAUUGAUCAACGUGACAUACCCUACACUGCACAAGGAGCUUCCAAAAGUCCAGAUGGAAGAGAUCAAAUCAAUCAGUUACAAGAAUAAGGGUUCUGUCCCCCAAACCUAUAAAAUUGAAUCCUCUAAGACCUUGACCAAAACCUCCUCCUGGUCGAUCUCAAACAAGCUGGAGGCAACCGUGAGCAUCAGCGUCAAAGCUGGCAUUCCAGAUGUCGUAGAGGUUGAAAGUGGCUUUAGUUUCACCGUUGGCACCGAGAGUACGCGCGGUGUGGAGAAUUCAGAAUCGAAAACCGAGCUCCUCUCAUUCGACGUCACGGUUCCUCCAGGCAAAACCACGGUGAUCGACAUAACCAUCGGUCGUGCAGAUAUCGAUCUCCCGUACAAGGGAACGGUGCGCAUGUCCUUAUUGAACGGCGCCACCUUCGACAUCCCAAUGGAGGGUGUCUACAAGGGCCUCGCCUACACCAAAGCGACUGCAGAAACAAAGGAAAAGUGACGCGGCAUUGCAAAAGCACGCACGUGCUGCGCUUUACCAGCUGCAUGCUGCAUGCAACGCUGCCUGUCUUUUAAAAAUUAUUAAUUGAAACCUGCGGUAUAAAAUAUGAUGCAAUACAUACGCCAUUUGAGAGAGUACAGUUCUUGCGAUUAAAGAACCUUUGAAUCGGUGCAAAAUAAUUAACACAAAGAUGCAGUUAUUUCAACGACUUCUUCUCGCACAUUCCAUACAUAAGCGAGUCUGUUCGCUCAGAAAUCACAAUGAAAUUAUCAUAAUCAUAAUGUUUAUCUAUCCUGGAGGAAUCCGAUUAUCUAUGAAUCGCUUUUUUACAGAUGUUCAGUAGGGGCGAAUCAGCAAGUUACAACAACAAACAAUACAAAACACGAUAUGAGUACAAAGUAGAGCAAUGGUAAGCAAGUAGCUAAAACGUAAAUAAGUAAGUAACAAUAUAAAGUAUAUACGUACAAAUAGCAUAAGUAAAUUCCUGACGAUUUUUCAACACUAAGUGCAAACUUGGGCAAGGCAACAAAACGACUACAAAAACAGUUCCAGAUCAAACCAACACUGCAGAGCGUAUCUUCAUUAUAUUGGAUAUUACAAUCUAACUAUCGAUUCAAAGCUAAAAAUCACAUUUGCCAUUUGCUUAGGUGGAAAUGAGCUCCAACUAGCAAGAGCAAAUGAACGUAACCUUCCAGCAGUAGUCUGGGCAAUGUAACAAGACAACACAAACUGGCAUAGGCAAUGCUGAUCGGCAGAGUACAAAUCUGGAGGGGUUUGAGGCAUAAAAGUACAAGCUGGAUGAACAAACUUGAUUUGAAGCUCUCGUGACCGAAAAAACCAAAGAGGCUCGAUGGACGAUAUAAAGAACUGUAAGGAGGAAAAGAGAUGGAACCUUUAUGGGCAGCAGAAAUGAGAAGGUGGAGAGUAAAAACCUACACAGAGCAAAUUAUUCACGGCAGAACAAUACAAAUAUAUCUUGACAUUACAGAUUCUGCAUGCUGGCACGUACAGAAAAAUCGAUUAACUUAACCAAUGUCUUCCAAAAUUGUAGAGAGACGACAUCCACGUUUGAAUGAUAUCAAACUAAACAGUGACAGAAAGAUAAAGAUGCCCCAUACAAUCAACCAAUCAUCAUUUGUGUUGGGACAGCUAUUUUCAGAAACGCUCAUAUUUGUUUUCCAUUUCGCACUGCUUGUAAAAUACAAAUUAUGACAACUGGCCUUGAAUUAGCAACAGUUUCUCCAAAGUUGACAUCCACAAAUUCAGUAUCAUCACCACCACCAUCUGGAUUUUUGUAUUUUGAUUACAAUUGCAUGCUCUUUUAAUCAUUGUAAAUUGCAUGCAAAUAGUCAUUUGCAUGUUAUGCAAUGCUUUGGGAUGGAUAUGCAAAAUAAAAUAUCUUCAAAAAUACAUUGGAUUAUGUUUGUAUUCAGUAUCA